AUGGCCAAUGCUAGCAGCCCAGACCGUAUUUGCGGGCGGCUUGUUCCUUAUGGCCGUGUUCGCGGCGAAGCCUGUGUUCCUCACGCCGCUGCAGGACGCGCCCCACGCGACGCUGACGUCCGGCGAUAUUAUGACGACACUCAGUGUCGGCACACAGGCAGCCAAAGACUUUAAAGCCUUCUGGAAGAACACAAAGAAGCAUGACGUUCGAAUGUGUGUUCCGGUGACUGUAGGGGGGGCGAGCGAUGCAAAGAGCAUUGCCAAUCACUUCAAAAGCAUGUUCGCUGUAUCUCCGCUUCUGAAUACUGCAGGCACAGCGACGCACGAGAUGUGCGAUACUGAGACUGUAAUGGGCGAGAGUACUGUAGAGUUUACGGCUAAGGAGGUUCAUAAUGUAAUCAGAAAUAUGCAGAGGGGAAAAUCGCCGGGAUAUGACGGUCUCAGUAUCGAACAUCUUAAAUAUGCUGGAAUACACCUACCGCGGUCGCUGGCAAUGUUUUUCACUCUGUGUCUGAGGCACGGAUACCUACCCGAGCAGCUGACUAGGACAGUGGUCAUACCACUAGUCAAAAACAAAACGGGAGACCUGUCAGACUUUGCAAACUACAGGCCUAUUUCACUGGCGACUGUUAUUGCAAAAGUGCUGGACAGUUUGAUUAAUGCGCAACUUUGUCGGUACAUAAAGUUAAAUGACGCUCAGUUUGGCUUUAGGCCCGGUUUGUCAACUGACAGUGCAAUUUUGUGCGUUAAGCAGGCUGUCCAGUACUAUACGGAUAGAAACACACCUAUCUACGGGUGUUUUCUUGACGUGUCGAAAGCGUUUGACCUGGUUGUGUACGACAUACUGUGGGACAAACUAGCAAGCACGGGCCUACCAGCGGAAUGUGUGGCGUUGCUAAGGUAUUGGUACAGCUCCCAGGUCAAUCGUGUGAGAUGGGCGGGGGAAGAAUCGGACGAGUAUAGACUCCAAUGUGGUGUUAGGCAAGGGGGGCUUUCGUCACCUAUUUUGUUUAACCUCUAUAUAAAUGAGUUGAUCGAUGGCCUCAGCAGGACGCGUGUCGGUUGUCACAUGGGCGAUAAGUGUUUUAAUAACAUUAGCUACGCGGACGAUAUGGUGCUGUUGGGGCCAUCGGUCAACUCCAUAAGGCAGUUGCUGGCACUAUGUGAGGGUUACGCUGCGCAGCGUGGUCUCAGGUAUAACGCUACCAAAAGCGAGCUGGUAGUGUUCAAGGCCCGUAAAUACAACCGGGAAGCUGUCCCUGAGAUCACGCUGGGUGGGGUACCUCUAAAAGUAGUUGAUAGGGUUAAAUAUCUUGGUCAUAUGCUCACCAGUGACCUGAGCGAUGACCCGGAUCUGGAGAGGGAGAGGAGAGCGAUGGCUGUGCGGGGCAAUAUGAUCGCCCGCAGAUUCGCACGCUGUAGUAACGAAGUCAAACUGACGCUUUUCAAGGCCUACUGUCAGACGUUCUACACGUGUAGUCUGUGGGUGAAAUUUACACAGAGAGCCUACAACGCAAUUCGCGUGCAAUACAACAACAUCCUCAGAAUGUUGUUGCGGCUGCCGAGACAUUGCAGUGCAUCCAGAAUGUUUGCUGAGGCGCGUACAGAUGACUUUUUCGCCGUCAGGAGAAAAAGAGUUGGAUCACUGCUAAGUCGUAUGCGGGGCAGCAGCAACGGCCUUCUGAGGGCGUUGGCUGAGCGUCUCGACUCUCCUCUCACUAGCUACUGGCUUGGCUAUGCACCCGACACGGAUCCCUACAAAGCAAUCAUGGCGAAAGUGGCUGAGAAACUUAAUAAAAAGUUUUUGACUGGUUCCACUGAACAAGAGCUAAAUGAAAAAUUGUAUGAAAAGUCCAAAGGCCAGGUGUUGAAGCAUCACAUUAUUUGGGUAGUGUGGAAAGAAAAGGAAAACAAUACUUGGAAGUUCAGCAUUCGGUCCACAGAACUAGCGCAUUUGGCUAAAGUGAACUCCACAGUGACAAGAACGCUUCCGCACAACAGACACCUCCUGAGUGGCUUUUUGGCAGUCCAGUUGGCUGUUUCUGAAGAAAUUUUGGCUGCGGAAAGCAAGGAGCUACUUAGGCACAAGAUAAAACUGAAAGCAAUGCCGAUAUCUCCUUUAAUGCGGAAGGAAGCGGUGCGACAGGCCAUGGUCUGGGUCCUUCUGUGCUUCACGGUGGCCUUCAUACCGCCCGUCAUGGAGGUCUCGGAGCUGGUGGUCCAUGAGACCUCCAACGAAUAUAAACGCGCCUUGUGCAUGCGUAACGUAGGCGCCGCCUGCAUCUACCUCGGCUGGCUGUCCUACCUCCACAUGACGACCUUACCCAUCCUCAUCCUCGCCACGCUGACGCUCAUACUCAUCUUCAGAUGGGUGUGGAUAUUCGUCGCCUUCCUGUUCGUAGCUAUCUAUAUCACUGUGAUGGCUAUGACGGCAUUCAUCAUGUGUAUGUUUCAGAAUAAACCUCACAUCGCUGCGAUCUGGUCCGCACUAUUCACGCUCCUGCAGCUGUUCCUGGCGGACCUGCUGGUGAACCAUGGGUUUGACAGCACCACCAGCUUCACCGUGGUGCUGCACAUACUGCUGCCGCCGCUGGGGCUCGUGCAUGGCUUCCAUGGUUUCGCCCUUCUGGAUACUGGACGUGAGCAUCUCACAUUUUAUUCAAAGAGAAUUGAUUGUGAAGGCAUACAAUACACCAAAUAUACAAUAUACGAGCAUCACACUCUGAUCAUCUGGAUCAUGAUGAUCCUCGCGUACUUCGGGCUGCUGAUGCUGCUACAGCGAACGAUCGGGAGUGACCGCGCAGUAGGCGGCCAGGUGUCCUGGAGGUCCAUCAUCUUCAAGCAGGCUGAGGAUAAGAAUAAACUGCGCACCAUUCAGAACCCCCUUGGCAAUGAGCGGGACCCGCUCCAAGAAAUCGAUGAGCUGGUCGCCAAAGCUAUCUCCUUCCAUAGCGUGACUAAGAGUGUUAUGGGCAUUGGAAUAAUACGGAGAGUCACUCUGGAUGUGUACCGAGGCGAAUACACGCUGUUUUUCGCUGAAAAGAUUCAAGAACGUAUGUUGAAUAGGAUUGAGGAUCUAAUUACUGGUUUAACCCUACCGGAUGACGGUUCGGUGAACAUGCUGGGGAACGAUAUGGCCGCCCUACGCAAAGCAGGCAAGCGCGUGGCGGCCAUGCAAGGCAUGCUGGGGUAUUGCCACCGCGUGGGCUUCCUCGUGGCUGAGCUGAGCGUGCAAGAAACUUUGCGAUUCUUUAUUCGGGUAUUAGCUGCCUCUAUCUUUCACACGUACAAUACUCAUUUAUGCCUCUGGGACCAAAGCGACGAAGAUAUCGAAGGUUACACUCUUACCCACACUCCAAGAUUAUACAAAGAAUGCGACUUACAAGACGUUCGGGACACGUAUGUGCGGAAUCUAGGGACCUACUACAAGGCGCAGCUGUGCUGGGCCAUCGCCAUGAUACUGGAACCACGCAUCGUGUUUAUACAAUCUUUUAUUGAUGGUAGAAAAUACAUCUCAGUGAUCAAUGACAAAAUAGUGAAAUACAGAACGCACCUGACGAUUGUAAAGAUAUCGUUCACGACAUCAGUGCUGGAGCAUGCGGACCGCGUGUUCCUCUUUGACCGUAAAGUCCUCGUGUUCGGCGGCUCGCCGGCUUACAUGUUCUUUAAAUAUGGCCGAGAAUACCGUGUGCGUAUGAAUUUUCGGGUCCGAGGCAGUCUAGACAACGAGAAAGUUGAGGAGUUGGUGGACCGAGCCAUGGAAAUGGGCGGACAGGUUCGCGCCUACGUAGGCACGCUUCUCAUAUUGCGGCUGCCGACCAGCCCCACCGAUGUGACCGCUGAAUUCGUCAAAGAAAUCACUGAAAACGCCAACCAUUAUGGAAUCACUUCGCUGAACAUCAGCCUGCCGGAUAGCGAGGAGAUUCAUAAAAGGGCUAUAAAUGAUUCGAGAAAGCAAAUAAUUAGUUACACUGGUUAUGGUGGUUACACUAACGCCUCUGAGCAAGCCCUUAGAGAAUUAACAAAGCCGAAACUGUGGAAACGUAAAAAAUCCCCGAUCCUGACUAUAACCCUGCUAAAACAGACCCUGUGGAAAUACGUCUCUUUCUACAUACAUUAUAGAUUGUUUCUGAUCAUCACGGUGGAUACCAUGACAUGGUGGAUGGCAAGUUCUCGUGAAUCGGACCUGCCCCGCGGGCCGAAGUUUAAACAUCCCUGGGAAAGAUUGUUUGCUUUACAGAUGCUAUCAGCAAUAGUGACAGGCGCCAUAAUCGGCGUGUUCCUCUCGUUCCAACUGAACGAGAUGGAAACAAUUAUAUCCUCGUCUCGUCUGCUCGGUGAGAAGAUGACCGUAGAGGCCUUGGAGCAAAGCACUACGCUCGUGCUUAGGGUGUACAACACGGAUGAUGCCAUCUCUGUCGCAACUGGCUAUGCCUUGUCAACUACCGGCGCUAGAUCUGCGGAGACGCAAAACAUGUUUUACACCGCCUUACCGUACACUGAGAGUUCGACAGAGUACCUGAUGCUGCGAGCGAUCGACUCACCUCAGCACUACGUUUACGCCUACGCGUAUGGCAUGGAAUUGAAGGACGAAAGUGGAAUCCUAGAUAUCCACGUGUUAUACAGCCCGAUUCAUCACGACACCGCUGCAGCGGCGAGAUCUCUGGCCCGUGUAUACAUGGCCCUCUUGCGACACUACACCAAAAGUCUUGACGCGGAUAUAGAGGUUACAGACGACCCACUUGUGCUCGACUCUUCUCCGUCCCAGAAGAAAACAAAAGUCCCACCGCUCGUCAUACACUUCAUGUUGAUUAUAACCAUCGCACACAUAACCUUGCUGCCUACCAUGGAACAUGGACUUAUAAGGCACAUGCAGGUGCACGCAAUGAAUUUCUCCCCAGCACGCUACUGGUUCUCUUUGUUCUGUUGCGACAUCAUCCUCUAUUGGACCCUGGUGUUCAUCAUCACGACGGUUCUAUUCUGCGUCAUGUACUGGGUGGCGCCGUUGCAUUUUUUGCACAGGGAUUUGAUCGUGAUCCCAUUCAUGCUCAUUAUGUAUGGGUUUAGUUGCGUGCCGCAAGCAUACCUCUUCAGCUUGGGACCCAGUGCAGCUUUAAAUUCUAUGUCCUUCGUCAUAUCCAACAUCAUUUUCGGUGAAGCCUCAGUAAUAAGCCAGUUUAUACAAGGCGGCGCGUUCACCUACGCCGAGAAGGCGCUCAGCCUCUCCCCGCAGUAUAACGUGGCCAACGCUUUCGUUCAGAUUACCAAGAUCUUUGUCUACAAUAGCGAGUGCGUCAUCUUUAAUAAUAAGAAGCUCUGCAAAUCGAAUGUACUGCAUAAAUGUUGCAAAAAGUGUGGAAUAAUGCAACGCUGUUUCGAGCGCAUAUCCUAUCUGUCAAAAGCCGGCAUCCUCGACGAGAUUCUCUGGACCGUCUACCACUCCAUCUUCUUCAGUAGUCUCCUCAUCAUUUGGGAGUACCAGGUGCUCCAGCGGUUAUGGUACUACGCUCGGGAACGCUGGUUUCCUCCGGAAGAACCUCCUAUGAUGAUGGAGACGUCGGGAGGUACGCAAGAGCGGUGGGACGUCGAAGCGAAAAGCACGCAGAUGAAGCAAAAAAGGAUUCGAAGAAAUAUAAAAACAGACACAUUCGGAGAAAACCUCUUAGUGAACAAUCUAUCAAAGAGAGUCAACGGAUCUUAUAAACUCUCCCGCAUAUUCUUCGGGAUCGGAAAGGGCGAGGCUCUGUCCCUCGUCGGGCAGUCUAUGGGAGGUCGGCUGGAGCUCUGUGAGAUAAUAGCUGGGUUUAAGAUGCCGACUUCUGGGUCGAUCAGUGCUAUGUCGAGGUGGUCGCUCACGACCGAUCCACAUAUGUAUUCUCGCAACGUCGCGUUUAGCUGCUUCGAGUACUGCCCCAUGCCUCCGUGGAUGACGGUGUACGAUUCCUUGUGGAUGAUGGGCGUGCUGCGCGGCAUCCCGCAGCAUUAUGUCCACGAGGAGGUCGCCAAUCUCCUGGAUGCCUUAGAACUGGACGAGUCCUCAAAUGUGAACGUGUUCCGCCUGCACCAGAAUGAGAAGACGCGCUUAAACUUCGCCGUGGCCGUAAUCGGAGCGCCGCCUGUUCUCGUCCUGGACGAGUUCACGGCUUACCAGCAGUACUCCGUCGACCGCGCCAUGUUCUACAUACUAUACCAUCUGAGGAAGCAGGGACACGCGCUACUAGUUAGUUCAGCUAGCAUCGAGAACCACAUGGCGGUGACCAACCGUCUCGGGAUCCUCCUCAACGGGCAGCUGGUCGACGUGGACCACAUAGACGUUCUGGUGGCGCGCUAUAGCUCGAAAGGGUACACGGUGGUGGUACAUCUGAAGGACGAGGUCGAUAUAGAAGCCAUAUUUGGUCGACAUUUCGUGAAUUUCAGCGUCAACGAUGUCUCUGGUGUUUUAGCAAACGUGCAAGUGAAAGACUCACUAAACUACGCCGAGAUAUUCAGUAAAAUGGAGGAACUAGUACAAGCCAACCAGACAGUAUAUUCCUACGUCAUCACCGUCACUGCCAUGGACUACAUUUACAACGACAUCUUAGAAGGCUAUAAGAUCCAAAUCGCACCUGAAGAGUACUUCUGGCCUUGUCUAAAGUUCUUAGCAAGGAAGAAGAAGAAGGUAGAUUUACAGAAGUUAUUGGAAUUGGAGAAGUUUCGGAAGAAGUAUGAUAUUGUUUCGUUGAAGGAGUUACCGUGGUCUGUGAUAUUUCGGAGAUAAUUCUAAAACUUUCCUUGCAAUAGCGGCCAAACUAAGUG